GACGAAGUAAGUACGGGACGCGCUCACGGGAACCACGUCCCAGGACGCGAAGGCCUAAGAAGCCCCCCGGGGAUAACGCAGUACCUGACGAGAAGAGACCCCGCACUGCAUUCUCUGGACCCCAACUCGCAAGGUUAAAGCACGAGUUCGCAGAAAACCGCUACCUAACAGAGAGAAGACGACAGAGCCUGGCAGCAGAGCUCGGCCUGGCGGAGGCUCAGAUCAAGAUCUGGUUCCAGAACAAGCGAGCCAAAAUCAAGAAGGCGUCUGGCCAGAGGAACCCACUGGCUCUGCAGCUCAUGGCACAAGGCUUGUACAACCACAGCACUGUACCUCUAACGAAGGAGGAAGAGGAGCUGGAGAUGAAGGCGAGAGAGAGAGAACAGCAGUUGAAUAGAGUUUAGGAGUAGAGUGGAGUAGGUGGGAGACUUGGUUGAGUUUUGAUGAUUGAUCAUUGAUAGUUAUGUGGUUUUUUUUUUGGUUUUUCUUCGCCAUGUUUUAAGAAGUGAUUGUGGACGGUUUGAGGGGCUUUCGGUUAUAUUCUAUUUGUAAUUAAAAUUGGUGAAUAUCUGCUAUUUACUGUUAGUUUCCGUUCUAUCAAAGUUACUCACUACUAUAGCAUCACUUUUUUAUGGUCUAAGGCCGCGAUAAACGUCGGUGGUCACAUAAGAGAUCGGCGCCACCUAUGGACACCAGAGGCAUCAGUUAGGAAUUUGAGGAAUGUCGGGGAAUCAGGUAUUGGAGAGAUUAAGGAAGGAGGGGAGGAUAGUUGGUCUUCCGGUAACCUCACUCAUACGACGCAACGCAAGCGUUGUUUCACUGUGGUUUCUGCUCGUUGGUGGUAUCACUCUGGUUAAGCCGUCCUAUUCGUGCCGAAGCAUGGCUCUCCCAGAUUUAAAACAGAUUUCACUACCCUGGAACUUUAACAAUAACUCAAAGACUUUGAAUUUCAUGGCUUCCUGACAUUAAACAACAAUUUCGUUGAUUUGCAAUAAGAUGCUAAAAAUCUUUUCCCGGACGUCGAGCUUUUUGUAUUUGUACAAUAGACGGAAUCUUGUCUAUUAAACCAACACCAUUCUCUUGGCCCUUACUUCCUGAAAAAGGUACUAAAUACACAUAUUUUCAAAUGCCAUAUCCCACAUACAUGGCAUGUGCAAUUUCUUAAUUAGUGGCCCAUUUCAAAGGAAUUCAAUUAUAUCACAAUAACUGUUGUAAACAGUUCCGCAUACUAUAAAAAUAUUAAUAAUUAUUUCUAGAAGUUCCAUAUUUUUCUUCGUACACGUUAUUACUGUUCACGUUAAUAAUAGUAAUAGGGUAGUUUCCAUGGUAAGAAAAUUAAAAAUCUGAUUAGUCCGUCAGUUAGAUA